AAUGUCAGCUGCUGUGAUCUUUGUUAACCUGUUUUCACAGCAGCGUUCUGCAUCUUUGAACGUUUCUGCCAUUGUUUCCUGAACUUUCAUCUGUCAAAGAUCAAAAAUAAAAAGAAUAAUCUAAUAAUAUAUAUAUAUAUAUUUUUAAAUAAAUAAAACUUCAUACUUUUAUGUUCGGCUCAUGGUUUUAAUAUUUUAUUAGUUUUUGCUGCACUCCUUUAUGUUCUGUCCUGUUCCCUCCUCUGUGCCCCUGACCCUGUUUCCAUGCUUGUUUACUGUUAGUUAUUUUUACAAUAUUGAUAUAGAACUAAUCUCUUGAAAUAUCAUAUAUCAGAUUUGGUACUUGAGAGACAAGAAAAAGAAGUGACAGCAUGCAGAGAAGGAGGCUAAACACUGUGCCUUCUGCUCCAGAGACAGUCCUCACAAACAGGCGAUAGAAACUGUAGGGUCAGAGUCUGGACUGAACCUUAUGCCCUUUUUAAGAGGACUUUCUGUGUUUAUGGUUUCAUCCUGCAGAUCUCCAUCUGGAAAACGUUACAGUCAUUUAUUUUUCAACCAUCAAAAAAACAUUUCAGUCCAAGCAACCUUUAAUGAAAGAUUUAAUUUAUCAGACGGAUUUUCAGUUCUGCUUUAGGGUUUCUCAUUAUUACUCACAUUUUAAAACAUUUACUUCUUGUGGCUUGUUGGAGUUUCCAGAGAUGUGAGAGGAGACUUACCGGCGCCAUCAUGAGGAAAAAUGCUGCAUCUGCAAUUCUGAAGAAAGUUGAACUCAAUUUGAAACAGGAUUUAGUCUACACAUCUUAAAAAAACAUACUAUGCUAAUAUUUCUUAUAAUCAGGGUUGAAGACAUGUAACAUGUAACAGGAGACUCAGCGCUGCUGUAAGGUCGACACAACAGGUUCAGAUCACUCUGUGGAGCUCAUGUUAACGAAAGUUAAAACGCUGCUGUUAAAAUUGAUGAGUGGGAGUCUCAUUUUCACCGUAUACCUCGGGAUUUUCCUGAAGUGAUUUUGAAGUAAAACUUCAGUAUAUAAGGAAGUGAGAGCACAGUAUGUAGAUUUGCCCAACUUAAAUACAUUCUUUGUUUCACUUUUCUGAAGAAACAAAACAAAAACAUUGUGUUGCUGCGUCACAGUUCAGCAGAACUUACAAGCUGCUGCAUGCACAGUCAUGUCCUUCAAUGUUUGGACAGAGAUUACCAGAGUAAUCAGCAGUCAGUGACAGUUUUACUGAAGAAUCUAUUGUUUAUAAAGAGAGAGUUUAAAAAAAGCAGUCUCACAGGUUCCUACAGGUUUUCUGUGAAGUUUUUUUGCUGUAAAAUGAGCCAACAGGUUUUUUUGUUGCAGCGUGUUUACCGUCUUCAGCACACGCCCUGCUGCUCUUCACAGACACUGCAGCAUAUUUUCAGCUGAGAGACUCAAACACAGGCUUUGUGUUGUUUUCCUCUCUGGUUUUAAAUCUGUUAAACGCAGAGUUUAAACUAAAUUUUCUUUUUAGAAGAAGCUUCCUGCUGCUUUGUGGGACCUCCAGCUGUUGCACUCUGCAUUGACCUGACCCUGACACGUGUGACUGUGCAGUGAUUCAUUGUCUGAACUGGUUUAGCUGUUGGGUGUGAAAAUCUGCCGGAGAAGAUGUUUGCUGCUGAAGCCAAAGCAUUUGUCCAGACGCUGGGAGGAACAGACCUCAUCUCUAAUGAUAACUUAAACUGUAAAAUGGAUCUACUGACUCUGGUCAAAGUCACUGAGGGAAUUUUUUGGCCGGUACAGAAGUACAAAGUGAUACACUAUAGCCUGCCCGAGCUCACCGAGGAAGAAAACUUCUCUCCAGAUUACACCGAGGAAGUCUUGGUAGAGGACUUUAGGAUCACUACAGAGAAGAGUGGGAGUGGAGGUAUAGGUGGAGAAUGCAGUAAUGUGGGUGAAGCUUAUAUUAAUGCCAGCACUAGUUCUGUGGAUGGACUGGUUCAGCCCGUCAGCAUGAUGACAAAGAAGGCCAAUGUUAAAACUGUGGUGAGCAGAUUCAAGGGCAGGAAAAUACACAAGGAUACCUUGAACCUGCUGGGACUGAAAGAGAAGGAUAAACUGAUGUUUGUCUCUCAAAUAGUUUACAACUCCAGUCCUGUCAAAAUUAUUAGAAAGUCUACGACUGAUGGCUCCAUUUUCACUUCUUAUGUAAAGAUGCUGAGUGUCUUUGCAAAGGGGAGCAGUAAGGCGGAGACAAGCUUCACUGUGCCAGCAAAAUCCAUCUUUGCUUAUAGCCUGGUGGAGAUAAAGAUAGAGAAUGAGAAACUGAAGAUCUCAUGUGAGCCGUGGACUCGUAGUUUACUCGAUUGGCUCCUUUGUGAUGACGUAAGCAAUCCAACUGUGAAAAAAGUAAAAGAAGAACUAGAGAUGAAGGAAGAUCUACUGCAGCCGCUGGCAGAUCUUCCUGAGUCGACCCGUUGUGAUCUGCUGCAAACACUCAGCGAGCUCGUUGAGGAUGGAGACAAUCUCUCUCUGCUGGAUAAAACACUGGAUCAUUGCAGUAAUGGAGUGUUUGAGUGUGAGUCUGAGGCUGUCUCUUCCUUCAUGGACCUUCUCAAUGUCUCAAACAUCUCCACAAGUGAGCAGAAUGCUGUUCAUAUGUUGGUCAGCGCUCUGCACACUCUGCCAGAUGAAGUGCCGCCACUUCUGACCCGCUGCAGUCCAGACACUCUGAGAGUGCUCAACCAGCUGGUGGAUGGUCUGAAGGACGGUCGGGCCACACUGCCAGAGUCCCUGCCCGUCCCCCUGCAGGAGGGAGGGGAGCUCCGCUGGGCGGCCGAGUUCAUCUGUUUGAACGAUCAGAAGCUGAAAGAGUUGAGUGACGGCUGGGACCGGCCCGAGCUGCCCCCAGAGGUUCUGCUGGAGGUUCUGUGCCUCGCUGUGCAGGGACUCAGCCUGAUGCAGCCCACAGCAAACCCUUAAUGUCAGCUGCUGUGAUCUUUGUUAAUGUGCUUUUACAGCAGCCGAUGCUUGUGAUGGUUCAGUGUCCAGUCAGGUGAAUACAGCAUAGUUUUGAUGUCCAUGGUUGAUUCAACAAUUGGUGAACUUUAUUUCAAUGUCUCACUCUGAUUUUGUUUCUUGUUUCACUCUGUCAUCUUUCAAAGAGACAAAAA